AUGAGAUCUUUACCACCACCUCGAGUGACGAGAAAAAGAAGAUGGAUGAGAAUAAAACGGGCCAUUCGUUCGUUUUUCUCAAAAGGAUAUGUGUCAGACCCAGGGGCAUUCAUAUCGACGUCUGCCAGUAACAGACGGUCCAUUUCCACGAUCCGGAAAUCUAGGUUUUCGCCACGUUUCCGUAAGACUCGAGCCAACCGUUCGGACAUUGGAAUAAGAGAAGGUGCCAAUGCAGGUAUUGCAACCGCAUCUUUCGUGGGAAGAAUGGCAUCUCGAGCGUCGAUGCCUGUAUUAAGACGGCAUAGUCCCAAAAAGCUGAUGAAUUUGACCGUCAAAUUUUAG